UAUCGUUUAGUCUACUUGCAUUCCUCUGGCUUUGUUUUCUACCCUCCUCUCCUUCUCUGUAACAUUGGAGAAUUUGCUUGUGCGUUGGUUUAGGCAUAAUGGUGCUUGCGGAUCCAAUUCUGAGUCUUACUGCUUCCAUACUCGCAAUAUCCGCUUUGGUUGCCAAGGGGAUGCCAUGGAUCCUUGCAUUUGGGCUCGACUUUGAUGAUCUUUCGAGAACAGCAAGCAUAAUCCAAGAAAUCGUUACACGCGCAAAUGAAGAGCAGAUUCGAGCGACGCAAAACUGGUUGCUAGAUUUUCAAGAUGCCUUUUGUGAUCUACAAGACUUAAGGGACACUACGGAAAUCCCAGAAUAUUUGAGGGGAGGUAAUCCUUUCUGUUCUAUACGCACUUGUUGUACGAUUAAGAAAAUGAAAGAUAGGUUUCGUCAGCUCAGGAAAAGAGCUCAAUUCAUCCAAACUCUCGUUGUUAACGAGGGUGCCUGCAGUCCCGGGCUCUCUUCUACUGCUUCUCAUGUGGAUAUUGCUACCAUUUUUGGUAGAGACAACGCUAAAGAGGAAAUAAUAAAGAUGUUGUUUAGCACAGCAUACCGCGGAGACGGUGGCGUAACAGUCAGUCGCAUCGUUGGAAUGACAGGCGUGGGAAAAACAACUCUUGCCCAAAUCGUCUACAAUGACGAUAGAGUAAGGGAACAUUUUCACCAUACGAUGUGGGUCUGUGUCAACCACCAUUUUGACCAUUCGAGGAUUCUGAGAGAGAUGAUGGUGUCUCAUUCUCAGAUGAUCAAUUACACCAGUUCAUCCCAGAACCAGUUGUAUGAGGAAUUUCUAAAGUUUGUGGGCGGAAAAAGGGUCUUACUUGUUCUAGAUGGUGUCCGGACGGUUAACAAUGGAGACUGGAACAAGCUUCUCUAUCUCCUAAAAAUGGGAGCGAUAGAAAGCAGUGUUUUGGUUACCAGCCAAAGAAGUGAUGUUUGCGGUGCUAUGGGAAUGGAAGUCCAAAAUGUUUACACCCUGGACCCUUUGAACGACUCCGGAUCGUGGGCUUUGUUCCAACAAAGUGCAUUUACACAAGGCAAUUGUCCCCCGGAACUUGAAAGUUUCGGAAGGGAAAUCGUGGGCAAGUGCAAGGGUUUGCCUUUGGCAGUCAAGGCAAUGGGAGGCCUUUUGCAGAACAAUCUUGAUGCAAGAAAAUGGCGAAAAAUCUCGCAACUUGACGUAUGUGAAGCCGAGAAGGUGUGCAGGUCUGAGAAGCCUAACAUUUUGCCUAUGUUGAAAGUGAGUUAUAAUCAUCUGCCUUCCUAUUUAAAGCCGCUCUUUUCCUACUGUUCCUUAUUACCUAAGGGGCAUUCAUUCAACAAGAAGGAGUUGGCCCAAUUUUGGAUGGCGGAGAGUUUAAUCCAACCCCAAGGACAAGAAACGAUGGAGGAGACUGCAAGUGAACAUUUCGAUGAUUUGUUAAUGAGGUCCUUCUUUCACAGGAUAAGUCCUGACAAUAAGAGCCAAGAUUACAAUUACAUGAUGCAUGACCUGUACCAUGAGUUGGCGCGAUACAUUUCUAGCCCCUAUUGUUACCCAGUGGAAGAUAGCAAGAAACACAAUUUCUCUGAAAAAAUUCGUCAUGUAUCAUUGGGCUGCAGAGAUGUAGAAGAAGUUGUUUUCGACGUGGAAGAAGCUGUUUUGGAGAUUAUUGAUAAAUGUAAGAAGGUGCGCACACUCUUGUUUCCCAACUAUCAUUUGAAGAAAGAGUUUGGAAAAGCCCUUGACAAAAUGUUCAAGAGUCUGAAAUACAUGCGGGUGUUGGAUCUGAGCUCAAGCACAAUCCUCGAACUACCAAAAUCAGUUAAAGAGUUGAAACUGUUACGCUACCUCAAUCUCUCCAAAACUGAAAUCAAAAGGCUCCCUGACUCUAUUUGCAAACUCUUCUAUCUGCAAACCCUAAAACUGUUGGAGUGUCCACAGUUCUCCCAAUUGCCCCAAAACUUGGCCAAGCUAAUAAACCUGCGACAUCUUGAGCUAGAUGAAGAGUUCUGGUACAAUACCACCAAGUUGCCACCAAGAAUUGGGAGCUUAACCAGUUUGCAUACCUUAUAUAAGUUUCCAAUUCAGCGUGAGGUCGGGUAUGGAAUUGAAGAGCUGAAGGGCAUGUCAUACCUAACAGGAACGUUGUAUAUUUCAAAACUUGAGAAUGCAGUGAAAGCUGGGGAAGCAAAAUUGAACAAGAAAGAAAGCCUUCACAAACUGGUGUUGGAAUGGAGCUCUGGGGAUGAUGCUCUACAAGAUGAAGCUGCACAAGUGAGGGUGCUUGAAGACCUACGGCCUCACUCAGACCUCAAAGAGCUCCAAAUUUUUAACUUCAGGGGUACCGUAUUUCCACUUUGGAUGACAGAGGGGCAGCUCCAAAAUCUGGUUACUGUUUCCUUAAAAUUUUGCACAAGAUGCAGAGUCCUCUCACUGGGUGGGCUACCCCACCUUGAAAAAAUCAACAUUAAAGGAAUGCAGGAGUUGGAAGAAUUACAGGAAUUGGGGGAGUACCCUUCCCUAGUUUUUUUAAAGAUCAGUUACUGCCGCAAGCUGAUGAAGUUGCCAUCUCACUUUCCUAAUUUAGAAGAUCUGAAGAUCAAAGAUUGCGACUCUCUCAAGACCCUUGCUGUGACCCCACUUCUGAAAGUUCUAGUACUAGUUGACAACCUUGUUCUGGAAGAUUUGAAUGAAGUGGAUCAUUCCUUCUCUAGUCUUUUGGAAUUGAAGAUUAGUGGUUGCCCAAAGCUGAAGGCAUUACCACAGAUAUGUACCCCAAAGAAGGUGGAGAUUGGUGGGUGUAAUUUACUGGAAGCCCUCUCAGCCCGAGAUUACUCCCAACAACUUGAGCACUUGAUCCUGGAUGAAUGCGAGGAUGAAACACUGGUAGUGGGGGCAAUACCAAGGAGCACUUCUCUAAACUCUUUGGUCAUUUCAAACAUCUCAAAGGCAACCUGUCUCCCCAAGUGGCCUCAUCUUCCUGGUCUCAAGGCUUUGCACAUCCGUCAUUGCAAAGAUCUGGUAGCUUUAUCCCAAGAAGCAUCACCAUUCCAAGAUUUGACCUCUCUCAAACUCUUGUCCAUCCAAGGCUGCCCCAAACUUGUGGCAUUGCCUGGUGGACUCCCCACAACACUAGAAUGUUUGACUCUUAGUUACUGCACAAAUCUUGAGUCCCUUGGUCCAAAUGACGUGCUGAAGAGCCUUACCUCCCUCAAGGAUCUUCACAUCAAGCAUUGCCCCAAAGUUCAUUCAUUACCAGAAGAGGGUGUUUCUACUUCCCUUCAACAUUUGGUAAUUGAAGGAUGUCCCACACUAGGAGAGCAAUCUAGAGGGGACGGAGGUUUAGACUGGCCAAAGAUCAUGCACAUCCCUCACAUAGAGAUUGAUUCCACCCAAGUAUCACCGUCCCUCGAUUUGUCAAAUCAAGUGCAAGGUCACCCCAAAGCAUCUUCAACUCGUUGGUAUCAUCAUCUUAUGCCACCGAAAGGAGGAAAGAUUGAAGGGAAGCAUCCAGCGGAGGCAUCAAAUUCAGCAGAACAUAGACCAAAUGUUAAAAGAAAAGGACCCCCCGAACCAUCAAGUGUAGGAGAACGCAGACAAACUUUUGAUAAGGGGACAAUAGAACUACCAAAUCUGGUAAAACGCGGAAGAAAUUUUGACAAGGAGAGGCUAGAACCAUUGAAUUUGCUAGAACAUGAAAGAACUUUUGACAAUGAGAUGGCAGAACCAUCAAAUUUGGAAGAACAUGAAAGAACUUUUGCUAAAAAGACGCUAGAACCAUCAAAUUUGGCAGAACACGGUGAGUACGCACAACUUGAAAGAACGUUUGACAUAGAGGUGCCAGAACCAUCAGAUUUAGCAAAACAUGGAAGAACUUUUGACGAGGAGAAGCAAGAACCAUCAAAUUUGGGAGAACAUGAAAUAAAUUUUUCCAAGGAGAUGCUAGAACCAUCAGAUUUGGUAGAACAUGUUGAGUACGCACAACUUGAAGGAGCGUUUGACCCAGAGAUGCUAGAACCAUCAGAUUUAGCAAAACAUGAAAAUCUUUUUUACAAGGAGACGCUAGCACCAUCAGAUUUGGCAGAACAUGAAGGAACUUCUGACGAGGAGAAGCAAGAACCAUCAAAUUUGGGAGAACAUGAAAGAACUUUUGCUAAAAAGACGCUAGAACCAUCAAAUUUGGCAGAACAUGGUGAGUACGCACAACUUGAAAGAAUGUUUGACAUAGAGGUGCCAGAACCAUCAGAUUUAGCAAAACAUGAAAAUUUUUUUGAGAAGGAGACGCUAGAACCAUUAGAUUUGGCAAAACAUGGAAGAACUUUUGACAAGGAGAAGCAAGAACCAUCAAAUUUGGGAGAACAUGAAAGAACUUUGAAGAGGGAAACAUUAGAACCAUCCGAUUUGGCAAAAUAUGAAAUAAAUUUUUCCAAGGAGAUGCUAGAACCAUCAGAUUUGGCAGAACAUGUUGAGUACACACAACUUGAAGGAACGUUUGACCCAGAGAUGCUAGAACCAUCAGAUUUAGCAAAACAUGAAAAUCUUUUUUACAAGGAGACGCUAGCGCCAUCAGAUUUGGCAGAACAUGACGGAACUUUUGACGAGGAGAAGCAAGAGCCAUCAAAUUUGGGAGAAAAUGAAAGAACUUUUGCUAAAAAGACGCUAGAACCAUCAAAUUUGGCAGAACACGGUGAGUACGCACAACUUGAAAGAACGUUUGACAUAGAGGUGCCAGAACCAUCAGAUUUAGCAAAACAAGAAAUAAAUUUUUCCAAGGAGAUGCUAGAACCAUCAGAUUUGGCAGAACAUGUUGAGUACGCACAACUUGAAGGAACGUUUGACCCAGAGAUGCUAGAACCAUCAGAUUUAGCAAAACAUGAAAAUCUUUUUUACAAGGAGACGCUAGCACCAUCAGAUUUGGCAGAACAUGGAAGAACUUUUGAUGAGGAGAAUCAAGCACCAUCAAAUUUGGGAGAACAUGAAAUAACUUUUUCCAAGGAGAUGCUAGAACCAUCAGAUUUGGCAGAACAUGUUGAGUACGCACAACUUGAAGGAACGUUUGACCCAGAGAUGCUAGAACCAUCAGAUUUAGGAAAACAUGAAAGAAAAUUUUACAAGGAGACGCUAGCACCAUCAUAUUUGGCAGAACAUGAAGGAACUUUUGACGAGGAGAAGCAAGAACCAUCAAAUUUGGGAGAACAUGAAAUAACUUUUGACGAAGAGAAGCUAGAACCAUCAAAUUUGGCUAAACAUGGAGCAAAUUCUAAAAUGGAAGAGAGCCCCGGAGAACCAUCAAGUUCACCAUUACAAUAUUACAAGAGAAUGGAGCCAGGAGAAUCAUCAAAUUUAGCAGAAAAUAGGCAUUGAAGCUGGAUGGCGAUUCAAGGGGAAGGGUUGCAUGUUUCUUGAAAUUAGUGAAUGCAGAAUAACUGUUUAGGUGAUGAAUAAGGUCCACUGAAACUAUUUAGACAGCAUUUGGUGUACUUGAUUAUUUCCUUUUCAUCGUCCUUUCGCGUGUGUUAUUUUCAUUCGAAGACCUCGAGACGCAAUAUGUUUUACUUAAAGGAUAUAUUACAUAUGCAUAUCAAGUGAACUAAUCUAACCUAAAGUUCUAAAACCUUGAUCACUUCAUAAAACACCUUUCUUGAGGAUGUAGUAGAGGAGAAGUUUCUUAUAAGGCUAGCCUCUUGGAGAAGAUAUUUAGUAAUCCUUAAGGGAAUUAAAGAACAUGAAGCUUAUAAAAAGUAGCAUUUCCAGUU